AUCAUCAUUCUCACUCUGCUGGAUCCCCACCUAAAGAUACCAAUGUACUUCUUCCUACGUAAUUUCUCCUUUUUAGAAAUCUCAUUCACAACUGUCUGUAUUCCAAGGUUCCUGGUGAGCCUUGUGACAAAGGACAGAACUAUUUCCUAUAUGAGCUGUAUGACUCAGUUUUUUUUUAUCUUUUUGGGAGUAACUGAAUUUUACCUUCUGGCUGCUAUGUCCUACGACCGUUAUGUGGCUAUAUGUAAACCUCUGCAUUAUACGACCAUCAUGAGCAACAAAGUGUGCUACCAACUUGUACUCAGCUCUUGGGUAACUGGAUUCUUGAUCAUCUUUCCUCCAAUAACCUUGGGACUCAAGUUGGAAUUUUGUGCUUCCAAUGUCAUUGAUCAUUUUAUUUGUGAUUCUUCUCCCAUCCUGCAGAUCUCUUGUUCAGAUACACAUUUCCUAGGGCUAAUGUCCUUUUUCUUGGCUGUGAUGACAUUGAUGGUCACACUGAUGUUAGUGAUUAUCUCCUAUGGCUACAUCAUCAAGACAAUUCUCAAAUUCCCUUCUGCUCAGCAAAGGACUAAAGCCUUUUCUACCUGUUCUUCCCACAUGAUUGUAGUUUCCAUCUCUUAUGGUAGCUGUAUUUUCAUGUACAUAAAGCCAUCAGCAAAUGACAGAGUGACUUUAAGCAAAGGAGUAGCUGUGCUCAAUACCUCAGUUGCCCCCUUAUUGAAUCCCUUCAUUUAUACACUAAGAAACCAGCAAGUGAAACAAGCCUUUAAGAAUAUGGUCCAGAAAGUUUUAUUUGCUUCAAACAAAUGA